AUGAUCACCUUCAACCACUCUUCUCAAUUGUACCAUGUUUCCCCUGAGCUCAACUCUUCUUUCGAUUCCUCAUCUCCACCCUCGGAGACCUCUCGCGGUGUGGCAUUCUCCGACGAGGAGGUUCGGUUGGCUGUGAGGCAUCCGAAGAAGAGGGCGGGGCGGAAGAAGUUCCGGGAGACACGCCACCCUGUGUACCGGGGAGUGAGGAUGAGAAACUCGGACAAAUGGGUGUGUGAGGUGAGGGAGCCAAACAAAAAAAGCAGGAUUUGGCUAGGAACUUUUCCCACCCCGGAGAUGGCGGCGCGGGCUCAUGAUGUGGCGGCGAUGGCUCUCAGAGGCCGGUAUGCCUGUCUCAACUUCGCUGACUCAAGGUGGCGGUUACCGGCCCCUGCCAGCGCCAGCGCCAAAGAUAUACAAAAGGCAGCAGCAGAAGCUGCAGAAGCUUUCAGACCAAACCAAACUUUAGAAAACACUAACAGAGGGCAAGAGUGUGUGGAGGCGAUGACAACAACAGUGGAACAAGGUGUGUUUUAUAUGGAGGGAGAUCAGGAAGUGUUGGAUAUGCCUGAGUUGCUUAGGAAUAUGGUGCUCAUGUCCCCAUCACAUUGCUUAGGGUAUGAGUAUGAAGAUGCUGACUUGGAUGCUCAAGAUCCUGAGGUGUCACUAUGGAGUUUCUCAAUCUAA